AUGAACGUCCUCUUGGUCUGUUGUGCCUUUCUGACUCUCUUUCUUCUUGCUUGUGAGGGCGCAAAUAACCCAAAUUUUCUUGUGAAAAGAGGUGCAGCACUUGGUACAGCCGUCCGUAAAGUUUGUGAUCCACGUCAUCGCGUUGAUUGCAAUGAUGGUGGUAGCAGUGGUGGUUAUAGAUCUAAUUCACGCUUGUCACGCUCAUCGAGUGGUGGCAGUAAUCGUAGCUGGAGUGAUUCAGAUCACGAAACAUCAAGUGGUUCAGAAGAUCUUGAAGUGUCAAGAAGACCACCCGGAGCCUCACACCGUCGUAACCGCUGGGAAAAAGGGCAAUCAGUUAAAGCGCACGAUGGCACUCACCUUCGUGAUAUUACGCUAACAAAACCAAUCAAAGAUUCCAACACACCACACGAUCUUCAAAAAUGGUCUGGAAUGUAA